AUGGAAAGGAAGAGAUUAAUGGAGUUGGCUCACAAGGGCGAGGUGUUGUUCGAGGCGGGGACCGAGGAGGAAAGAAGACUGAUUUUCGCGAGGGCGUACCUGGAGGUGAAGACCAUGCUAGAGGACAACCUCCUACGACGCUUCUUGCAAACCGACCGCUUUAAGAGCGUCCGCGCGCAGCGGCGGAUGGGGAUGCAGGGGGAGAACUUCUCUACGAUGGUGGCCUCCCCGCACCGCCUUGCUGAGGUUUGAUCGACCGCGCCGCCGGCGGCGGUUUCGUCCGUUGGAGAACGCGAGACUCGUGGUGGUGGUCACGAUGGCCGCGGUUGGCCGUGGCUCUGGAUGGGAUGUGAGAGGGAGCGGAGGCGCGUUGCCUGCCGCAUUGUAGCGCGUCAGAUGUCAAAGAGGUGGUGGUAGAUGCAAAAAAUGAGGGAAGGGAUUUUACAUCACGUCACGAAACGUCACUUCAAGUCAAGUCACGCGCGCACACAGUCGUCAUCCCCCGGUGUUUUUUAUGGUCGUGGAGGCGUGCGCCGUGAAAGACGGCGUUAGAGUUGCCCCCCCCGCCGCCGUAAGCGCAAAAAUGGCCGUGGACGAAGACUGACUUAUCAUCCAACGUCGUGCGGGCACGGCACGGGGUGAUGUCAUGAAUGUAAUAUAUGGUAUGGUAUUUUUCAGACCUUGCUCGACCCCCCGUCGGUGUCGUUGUAAUCCGGGCAGCCCCCGUGUACGUAGGAUGUUGUUGCAUUCUGUGUGUCUGCGCUGCUUGUUGUACGAUGUUCGCAGACACGAUGAAUGGUUGUGUAAGUUUAUGUGACACCCCGGUGGUAAUCGUACUUUUUCGAAUUGCGUCGAUUGGGAAGACCAUGCGUGGGUUUGUGCCUCGCUUGUUGCGUUCUGUUUUGCCACGAGCAACGUCCAUUUGCUUGUGCUGCAGUACGGAGAGCGAGAAAGAGGGAAGGUAGAGCAAAAGAUAUACAGUCCAGAGUCUAGAAGAGAGAUCUCCGAUCACAACUUGGUGUUGGUAAAGAAACCUCUAGCGGGUUG